AUGGUGAGUCACAAACAUCUGGACGAGUUUUGGUCUAAGUCGGAGGUGAAGAAGGAGUCCGGGGAGUCCAGUCCGUCGGAGGCCGCCUGCCUCUGCUCUCCUCCGGCCGCCAAGAACCAGUGCGCCAGCUGCGGCAUGGAGAUCCACGACCGGUACUUGCUGAAGGUCAACAACCUGAACUGGCACCUGGGUUGUCUGGAGUGCUCCGUGUGCAGGGCGUCUCUGCGUCAACAAAGUAGCUGCUACGUUAAAAACAAGGAAAUCUACUGCAAACUGGAUUAUUUCAGUAGGUUUGGCACCAAAUGCGGCCAGUGUGGCCGGCAGGUGUACGCCAGUGACUGGGUGAGGCGGGCCCGGGGCAGCGUGUACCACCUGGCCUGUUUCGCCUGUUUCUCCUGCAAGAGGCAGCUGUCCACCGGGGAGGAGUUCGGCCUGGUGGAGGGCCGGGUGUUGUGCCGCAGCCACUACGACAUCAUGCUGGACAACCUCCGCCGGGCUGCAGAGAACGGCACAGGACUGACUCUGGAGGGAGCUCUGCCCUCCGAUCAGGACGGUCAACCAAAACCAGCCAAGAGAGCGCGUACGUCCUUCACUGCCGAGCAGCUGCAGGUGAUGCAGAAUCAGUUCGCUCAGGACAACAACCCUGACGCUCAAACUUUACAGAAACUGGCAGAAAUGACGGGACUGAGCAGACGAGUCAUACAGGUUUGGUUUCAGAACUGCCGGGCACGACACAAAAAGCAGCCGCCUCACAACAGUUUCUCUCAGAGCGCUCCCCUGUCCAGGAUGCCUCCAUCGCUGCCAGACGACCUCCACUACUCCCAGUUCAGCAGCCCGGACCGACCACAUCUACUCGCUCUGCACGGAUAUCUGGACGCUCAUCCCUUCUCUGUCCUCGCUGCUCCGGGCCACUUGACCCAUCCAUCCAUCUCGUUACCACAGCUUCCCAUAAGCCGCUGA